AUUUCAUUAAUUUCCUUUUGAGACCUAAAAUUUUAUUCAGUAGUAAUCAUGGCUAUCUCGAGAAAGCUUGUUAAGCCCCUUUCUUUGCUGCUCCUUUACAUAGUUAUUGCUGCUCGCGCAGACGCGGCAAUCACAUGUAGCACGGUGCUCAACGGUCUAAUUCCGUGCCUUAGCUUUGUAGUGAACGGCGGCAAGGUGCCGCCGACUUGCUGUAGAGGGAUUAAAUCCCUCUACGGUGUUGCUAAGACCACGAAGGAUCGCCAGAGCGUUUGCUCGUGCUUGAAAAUUGCUUCCUCGAGUGUUAGUGGUAUCAACUUCAAGAAUGCUGCUGCACUCCCUGGCAAAUGUGGGGUCAAAAAUAUUCCUUUUAAGAUUAGUCCUAAAGCUGAUUGCUCGAAGGUGAAGUGAAGGACGUAUGGUAUUGAAUGGGAAUAAGAGUUGUGUUGUCUCUGAUCUUUAUAGGGACAUUCAUCUAAGUAAAGUUCGUACUAUGUUUUUGUGGUUGUCUUUGAUUUGGUCCUUAAUAAAUGUGUCACGGAUAUUGUAAUUGUGCAUCUGAUUUCACACUGUUACACAAUACCAAAUAUUUCAGUGUCGUGCACUCUCAUCCAAUAGAUGAUCGACAGAUCAGUCAAUUAUGUUUUGCAUUUAAGAAGAAUAAUUCUGUUACCAUAUUUGGAGCUAUGACUUCAAACCUGGGACAAGAAAACAUAAUAAUACACCCUUAUCCUUUAGUAGUA